AUGAAUCUCCUCUGCCUUCUUUACAGCUUUGCUUUGUUGUCGGUCACUGCGACUGGCGGCAACACUUCUGCAGUGCAAAGCGACAGACUGAGUGCCAUCCAUGCGCACACUGCCGGAACAGCCGGUGCCGCCAGGGGCAGUGCCGACUGGAAGGGCACCUUUCCAGAGCGAAAGUGCACCUUCCACCCGAUUGUGUGCUCGAAUUCGUUUGACAAAAGGCACCUUGGCUACUAUGAGCAGGUAGCUGACCAGACGACUCACUACCGUCCACAUUGCAUGCAUGUGCUGGUGCCUUGUGUGUAACAACAGCUCUACGAAAUCCUCACAGAUCCAAACCUGGGCAAAGGCAGCGAAAUUAUCUUCACGGGUACACAUAGAGACAUCGGUUGGCAGCGGGUAUGUGAAGUUGACGGGCGUGUCUCGGCUUCUCUGUCUCUCUUGCAUGUAGGCUACAAGAUUGAUGUGUCCACACGCCUGCUUGGCGCAUGGGUAUCUGCCGACAACCCGCCGCUGUCAUUUUUGUUCAAGAAGUUGAUCGAGAAAAACGUGAAGAUUCAUGUGGUCUUCUGGCAAAACAUCGGUAAUUCACAUGAGGGAGUGGACUGACUACAACUGAUCGGUGGGUGCCUCCGUUGUCCAGGCACCUUCACCCUUGACGCUGUCACGACGACCGCAUACAAUGUGAACGAACAGGUGACCGAUUCGUACCGGCAAUGGUACGUGUUGUGCGUUCUUUGAUGGACUCACCCAGAUUGUCUGACUGACAUGCAGGCCAAACAGCUUGACAGAAUGGGCGUGCGAGUCUUCAUCGACGUUGGCACGGAGUAUGGGACCGCAAAAAUGGCCAAUUCGAAUCACAUGAAAAGGUCAAUUUGUCAGGUUGGCUGCGUUGCCGCGUUAUCGAAUGCUAGGUCCAUUGUGUUUGCGUCAGUCUUGUUAUCAAUCGUGAGGUGGCCUUCAUCGGCGGCCUGGACAUUGACCCAGAGCGUGUUGACUCGCCAGAACACCGACAUGACAAUCCCUCAAGAUACGCUCCGAAAAAGCCAGGUUGCGCCACUGAGUAUUGAGCAGAACAGAGCGAAUGGGAGACACGACAAUGUAACAUGACUUGCAGGUAAUCUGCAGAAGCCUUGGCAAGAUAUUCACAGUCGUUUGACGGGCCAGGCAGCAAAAGACAUUGCCUACAUCCACGUCCACAGGCAGGCAAAUCUCUACACACAAGGGAGGUCUUCUAUCUUCUCCCCUUCCCGUGUUCGAAUUCGAUGGCAGGAGGGGUGCAAAAUCUACAAGUCCGACUCCUCCUCUUGGCUCGGUGGCCUCCUCAGCGGCGCAGUGGCUAUCUUUCGAGACAUCGUCGAUGACGACUUGGCCGCCAUCCGCGACAAAAUGUGCACGGGGUCGUACAUGCCGCCGUGGGACUACGAAGCGCCACGAUUCGAUUUCACGCCGUACUUGGAGAAACACAAGGGCUUCCCCGGAACGUGCCAGAUUCUGCUAUCUGGCACGAGAAACUUCUUGAAAACGCCAGAAUCCAUAACUGUCACCAGCAUUAUGGUGCGGAGAGCGAGAGAAAAACAGUCGAACGUGCCUAUGUCUGUAUGUCUGUACUUGAUGUCUGUGUCUAUCAGGAUGAUUAUGUCAGACUGAUUGGCAAUGCGGAGCGCUAUGUGUAUCUCGAGACUCAAUACUUUGUUGGGCUCGCAGCGGACGUCGACUGCAAGGCGGCACUGCAGUCAGAGGACGGCAACUUCCACCCAAGAAACGCGGUCCCUGCCGCAAUCUUCGAGCGCAUCACCAAAGCCAUGGACAACAAGGAGGACUUCUCCUUCGUGCUGUCCGUGCCACUCGCCCCCUGUACGCGAUGUGUGCUUCUCUGUGCGCGUUGUGUCUCAUGUCUCCUUUCAUCUGUCCCAGAUCCCACACUGCCCCUCUACGCGGUCCUCAUGAGCCUUUUCCACGAGCGGUGUGGCAUGGUUUCCCAGCUUGAGCGCUACCGGAGCAAACACAACGUCCGAGAACCACUCAAGCGCUAUUUCAGCGUCUAUUUCCACGGCAGGGUGGCCAACCUGGCUUCUGCCCGUGGGGCAGUGGCUUACGCCACCUACGUCCACAGCAAGAUGCUGAUCGUAGACGACAGGUAUUGCCACCUUCGGGAAGUCCUGAUCAUGUGUCUCGAUUGCCCUCUGUCUGUCUGUCUGUCUGUCUCCAGAUACGCCCAUGUGGGCAGUGCAAAUUGUGUGACGGGCAGGGAGUAAACCAAUGACAACUGAGUUACACUUCGGUACCCGUUGUAUUCGUCAGGCAACGACCGCUCCAUGACGGGCGAGGGAGACGCGGAGGCCAACGUGCGAUUCACAGCCGGGAGCGCCAAGCCCGACACGAAUGGCGUCGUGGAGCUCAGGAAGAAGGUGUUCGGGUACCUGUUUCCCUACCUGACGUUUGACCCGUUCUCCACAUAUAAGCGCAGCUUCUCAGAGAUGGUGAGCGAUGCCGUCGACGAGGCCGGCGAGGAGGUGGCGCAGCAGACGGGGUUGGACUGGGCCCACGGGACGCUCCAAGGGAAGCCUCUGAGGGAGCUACCUAACUGGGAGAAAAUCACUGGAGGUGAGGCACACACAGGAACAAAUGGACGAGACAGAGACAGAUGUCGUGUCAGGGUUCAACUACAUCGACUUGGGCCACACCAUCGACGACAGUGCUCUGCCUCUGCUGUGGCCGCUCACCAAGGACAUAUUCGGCGAGCCACGCAGCUGGAGGGGCACUUCCAACGCCACCAGCCUCGCCUAUCUGGCGUGGUGA